CCCCAGUCGAUGUGUGUGUGUGUUCUCUCUAUCACUCCUUUCCUCCCUGACAUUCCAGCCCUUCAGUUCAAGCAGCUGCCCGACUUCGGACACAGAAGGAAGCAAAUUGGUCUGGAAAGCUGUCGGCGUUCUUAAGAGAGUGUCUGUAAACUACCCACAGCCCUAUUUUUUACACUCUCGCUGCUCUUUUCUGCGCUGUGCCCUGGAAUUCUUGCAGGACGGCUCAGCACUGAGCUUCAAAUACUGGUGAAGCAUCCUCUGACUGACUCUGUCACUGAAGCCGAGGAAAUUUCAGACCCUGUUACGGAGACAGAAGACGCAUUGCCCUCACCAGCAAGGGGCUGCGAAGGCCCUGGCAUCUAACCACGGCAGCCCUCCUGCAGCCCAGCAUGAGUAAACUUCAGAGUCCAGUGCCCCCUUCGCCUUCCUGCUCACCUUCCCGAAAUGACUGCGGCAUCGCUCCUCUCACCCCGUCUCCUUCCCCGGGUCCAGCGCUCCGGCCUCGGGCUGCCCGUCCUUUCUCUGUGGUGGUAGCCAUUGACUUCGGUACCACAUCCAGUGGCUACGCCUUCAGCUUCACGCAGGACCCCGAGGCAAUCCACAUGAUGAGACGCUGGGAAGGCGGGGAUCCGGGAGUGGCCAAUCAGAAGAGCCCCACUUGUCUGCUGCUGACUCCAGAUCUCAGGUUCCACAGUUUUGGUUUUGCCGCACGGGACAGCUAUCAUGACCUGGACCCAGAGGAGGCCCAGAACUGGCUCUACUUCGACAAAUUCAAAAUGAAGAUCCAUAGUACCAGUGAUCUGACUAUGGAGACAGAGCUGGAGGCAGUGAGUGGUCAGAAGGUCAGAGCCAUAGAGGUGUUCGCCCAUGCGCUGAGGUUCUUCCGUCAGCAUGCUUUGAAGGAGAUUAAGGACCAGUCGUCCUCGGUGCUGGAGGGGACGGCGGUGCGCUGGGUCAUCACGGUGCCGGCCGUGUGGAGACAACCGGCCAAGCAGUUCAUGAGGGAGGCUGCCUAUCUGGCGGGGCUGGUCUCCCCUGAGAACCCAGAGCAGCUCCUUAUUGCCCUUGAACCAGAAGCCGCCUCUAUUUAUUGCCGGAAGCUACGCCUGCAUCAGGUGAUUGACCUCAGCUCACGGCUAAUCGCUAACGGCAUAGAGGGCGAUGCUUCCCAUUCCUUUGACUCCAGCUUCAGGCAGGCCCGAGAGCAGCUACGCAAGGCCAGGCAUAGCCGGACCUUCCUGGUGGAAAGCGGCACAGGGGAGCUGUGGUCAGAAAUGCAGGCAGGCGACAGGUACAUCGUGGCAGACUGCGGCGGGGGGACAGUGGACCUGACUGUGCAUCAGAUAGAACAGCCUCAGGGGACCCUGAAGGAGCUCUACAAGGCCUCAGGUGGUCCAUAUGGAGCCGUCGGUGUAGACAUGGCCUUCGAGGCCAUGCUGUGCCAGAUCUUCGGAGCCGACUUCAUCGAGAGCUUCAAGGCCAAGAGGCCGGCCGCCUGGGUGGACCUCACCAUCGCCUUCGAGGCCCGCAAGAGGACUGCAUCCCCCGGCCGGGCCACCGCCCUCAACAUCACUUUGCCCUUCUCCUUCAUCGACUUCUACAAGAGACACCGAGGCCACAGUGUGGAGACCGCCCUUCGCAAGAGCAACAUGAACAUCGUGAAGUGGUCCUCCCAGGGCAUGCUGAGGCUCACUCCUGAGGCCAUGAAGGAGCUGUUCCAGCCCACCAUUAACAACAUCGUCAGGCAUAUAGAGGACAUGAUGAAGAAACCGGAAGUGCAAGGUGUGCGUUUCCUGUUCCUGGUGGGUGGCUUUGCGGAGUCACCCAUGCUGCAGCAGGCGGUGCAGGCGGUUCUGGGCCGCAGCUGUCGCAUCAUCAUCCCGCAGGAUGUAGGCCUGACGAUCCUGAAAGGUGCUGUGCUGUUCGGCCUGGACCCCACGGUGGUGCGCGUGCGCCGCUGCCCAGUUACCUACGGCGUGGGCGUGCUGAACCGCUUCGUGCCGGGCCGGCACCCACGGGACAAGCUUCUGGUGAAGGACGGCCGAGAGUGGUGCACGGACGUGCUGGACCGCUUUGUGUCCGUGGACCAGUCGGUGGCGCUGGGCGAGGUGGUCCGGCGCAGCUACACGCCGGCUCGCUCGGGCCAGCGCAAGAUCAUCAUCAACAUCUACUGCAGCACCACGGACGACGUGGUCUACAUCACCGACCCGAGCGUGCGCAAAUGCGGGGCCAUCACUCUGGAUCUGCCCGAGGCCAGCGGACCCGAGCGCCGGGAGAUCAGGGCCACCAUGCAGUUCGGCGACACUGAGAUCAAGGUGACCGCCAUAGACGUGGCCACCAACUGCUCUGUCCGUGCCAAUAUAGACUUCUUGUCCAACUGAUUGCCUGGCAAGCAAACGGGACAAGAUGAAGACUCAGACUCCUACUCAGCUACGAUUAUGGGGGCAUCCCCCUUUUCUAUCUCUAGCUCCAUCUCCUGGACAGCCUCUGCUCCUUCAGCUUCUACAUCCACUCAGCGACAAUAUGGAAAGCCCAAGUGAGCUUUCUGAAGUCCUUUGAUAUUCCCUGGAAUAUCUGCAGAGAAGUCACUCUUUCAUAUGAUAAAUGACUUUGGUCACUCCCAGUCGCUGGAUGCCUCAUUUUUUUCAUUACCAAAUGAAAGACAGCAUACUCAGUACUACCUUUAUCUGACUUUAACCAUUUCUUACUAAGUGGACUGAGGUGAGGUCUUUGAAUCCCUUGAGUAAUUACAGCAGCACCACCUACUGGCAGGAAGACUUUACAACCAAGCCAUUUCUACAGGACUCUGUCACACUGUUUAUGUCUAUCACUGUACAGUCCAGACAGCCCAUAAAACAUACACAUAUAUUUUGUAUUACCAUGCAUGUGGAACACAUAAUCUGAAAUAUUUAUGAACAGCAGAGUACACUGCAACAUUAUUUAUGGUUUUAAUUAUGUAUUUUUUUAAGUACUAAAUCUGUAACUCCAGCCACAAGAGUGAACUGAAACACAGCUUUGUCACGUGUCACUUCUCGUUUACAUGGAUGCAUCUAUGACUGGAAUGUGGAGUUCCCUAAGCAACCCCAAAGCCUGUCUGCAUUUAUGUUCCCCUGCCAUAUAGUCUUCAUUCAUUCCUCCAAGACCACAUCAUUCCAGAACCUACCUAAUCUGAUUACAUACUCAUUAAAUUGUAGACUAUAUUGUACAAGCAUGUAACCCUAAUCCUACUUCUUGUAUGCAUGUUUCCUGCUUUCAAAGCCAUAUAAAAGCUGCAACCCUGA